AUGGCUUCCAAUGACGUCCUGCUCGUGAUAUCAGCUUCCGGCCGCGAUGAGCAAUGGGAAAGAGACCUAUUCCAGAGAAUCCCGGGACAAUUGCAGGUCCGAUGGGAGAACAUCCGCAACUCCGACGGCUCGAUCAAGAAGCUUGAGGACGUGGAUCGCAGCAUCUUCGAGGAUGUAACGAUCUUGUUCACUUACGAACCUGUCCCGGUAGAAUGGAUUCCAAAGGUCCGAUUUGUUCAGUUGAGCAGUGCUGGAUCAGAUCUCUGGGCAAAACAUCCCAAGUUCUUGGAUAGUGGCGUCAAAUUUGCAAUAACUACUGGAUCUGCCGCCCCACAGAUUGCAGAAUGGGUUAUCGGGGCUUGGAUCAAGUCCCAGCAUUUCUUCUCCGAGUACGAACAAUUUCAAAAAGAAUGCAGCUGGCAGCCCAGCCUUGCCAGACAAAUCGAAGACUCAGUGGGCCUUCGUGUAGGCAUUCUGGGUUACGGUGCUAUAGGCCGUCAAGUCGGCAGUCUGUGUCGAGCUCUGGGCAUGGAAGUUUACGCAUUCACAGCCAAUGAGCGGCCGACCGCCGAGUCUCGCAGACACCGUGGCUUCAACAUUCCCGGUUUGGGUGACGAGAAAGGCGAGGUUCCGUCGAAGUGGUUCCAUGGGAAGAGCAAGGAGGCAGUGAACGACUUCCUCUCCCAAGGCUUUGAUCUCCUCCUCAUAUCCCUGCCACUGACCAAGCUCAGCGCGAAGCUCAUCGGCGCAGAACAAUUUCAGAUCCUGAGCAAAAGAAGGACCUUCGUGGUGAACGUCGCGCGCGGGGCAAUCUUGGACCAAGACGCGCUGAUCCAGGCUCUCGAGGUGGGCUCGAUCAGGGGUGCUGCGUUGGAUGUCACUGACCCUGAGCCGCUGCCUGCUGAGCAUCCGCUGUGGAAGGCCAAGAAUUGUAUGAUCACGCCCCAUAUCAGUUGGCUGUCAACGCACCAACUCGCGCGAAUCAAAGGGAUCCUGGCGGACAAUCUGGUUCGGCUGUACAAUGAUGAGAAACUGAUGAAUGAGCUGAGUUUCGAGUCGAGAACACAUCAUGAGUGA